AGCAGCACCCUCUGGAUUAUCGGACUCAUGCUGACGACCACGCGUAGUCAAGAUUGUGAAAGUCUUAGGUGAAGGAGGAUUUUCUUUCGUGUACCUCGCCCAGGAUGAGCACAGUGGGAGGCAGUUCGCCUUGAAGAAGAUCCGAUGUCCCGGUGGGAACGAGGACGUCCGGCAAGCUAUGCGAGAAGUUGAGGCGUAUAGGCGGUUCAAACACCCGAACAUCAUUCGCAUUCUCGAUUCGGCGGUUGUACAGGACUCCGCUGGUGACGGUCAAGUAGUGUAUCUCUUCCUACCUCUCUACAAGAGGGGAAAUCUCCAAGAUGCUAUCAACGCUAAUUCGAUAAAUGGCACACACUUCUCUGAAAAGGAGAUGCUCCGCCUGUUCAAGGGGACCUGUGAAGCUGUACGGGCCAUGCACGAUUAUCGCGCGCCCAUUGCCUCCCGCUCCAACCCUCGCGUCUCCCGAGAAAACCAAUCCUCAUCGGCCGACCGGCGGCCGCAGCAGCCACAACGGAACAUUAAUGCUGAUAACGGUCACUCUGAUGACGAAGAUGACGCGAUGCUUCCGCAACCCGAGGGCGAUGCUGAGGGUGGCUACUCAUACCAUGGACCGGCGAGUCGAUCAUCUGUUCCUCUCCUCAACAGAGGUCCAGACGUGGGAGAAGCGAUCUUUGACGGAGACGAAGAGCUUGCACGUAUUCAACAAAGUGGUGUGGAGAAUGGUGCAACCCCUGGAGACACGGAGUUGGUGCCCUACGCGCAUCGAGAUUUGAAGCCUGGAAACGUUAUGGUUGCGGACGACGGCCGACCAAUCCUCAUGGACUUUGGCAGUGCCACGAAGGCGCGCAUCAAGAUCGAAAACCGCUCCCAAGCGCUGUUGCAGCAAGAUAUUGCUGCUGAGCAGAGUACUAUGGCAUACCGAGCGCCCGAGCUGUUCGAUGUGAAAACUGGCAUCACCCUCGACGAGAAGGUGGACAUCUGGUCUCUAGGCUGCACGCUCUUUGCUCUAGCCUACUCGCAUUCUCCUUUCGAAAACACGCAGACUACGGAGCAGGGCGGCUCGAUAGCUAUGGCAGUCAUGAAUGCGCAGUACAAGCACCCCAGCUCGCAAUACUCACAAGGUCUCAAAGAGCUCAUCGACUCAACGCUCAAAGUUAACCCGCAAGACCGACCAGACAUUCAUCAAGUCGUAGAAAUGACUGACAAGCUGCUUCAGCGACUAUGAUUGAUCGUUACAUCUCUACGGCUAGCCCCUAUUCCCACUCGAUCGGACUACGCGACGCCCUACUUCUCGCUCGGUAUCAGAGCCUCACACUCCUUCAGUAUUUAUACAUGUAGUAUAUAGAAUGAACGCGUCUGGAUAUAUAUAGUGUUGACGCCGGAGCAUACAUUUUAUUCGGUGCUUCACACAGACUUCUCUCAGUGCCUUCUAACUUUCGCGUCCUCGGUGGACUUUUUCAACGCAUUGCUAGCCUUAACCCUUACGCUCGCUCUUAGCGGUUCUUUUAGAGAUUUUGCUAUUGCAGUACCAGGUUUUGCGGAGGCCUCCUCUGACGGAACGGCAGGUGUCGCAGGCUGAUCUUCCUUGCUUGGCUUGGACAAAGUUUUGACGUACUUGACGGCCAACUUAUCCUCGACCUUUUCCUCGACCUUACGUCUCUUUCGUGGAGGCUCGUCAGAUGGAGUUGCAGAAGACUUGGACGUGUCAUCGGUAGUCUUGGCCUUCUCCGCCUGUUUACGCCUCCUCUUGACAAUCUCUUUAUGCUUUGCACGUUUAGCUUUGAUGAUGGCGAGCUUGGCUUUCCUUUUCUCUGCACGUUUUGAGAACCCACCCUCCUUUGGCUUUGGCUCGAUUUGUACCUUGCUCUCUUCGUUUAGCUGGCGGAUGAGAUCCCGAACAUUGCCCUCGGGACCAGCUCUCGAUACUAGCUCGACGAAAUGCGUGAAUCGCCGAUUAUGUGCCUUUGAUGACUUGUGCACAUCCUCCAUUCUUGAGUUCUUCAGCAGCUUUCCUGGACAGAGAAUACACGCGCGAACGUCCGGGUCCAUAGAGAUAAUGUACAGCGGGUCGCUGACGGCUUGAGUGGCGGACAUUGGCGGGAACUCGUUCUCGGCUUCGCUAUCCUCUCCUGCCUCACUCUCCAUACCUUCCAUCUCCUCCUCGCUAUCCUCUUCGACCUCUUCCUCUUCGACGUCCCCCUCUUCGGCCCUCCAAUCAGCCCCUUUGUCAUCUGAGCUUGACUCAGAGCUGCUAGAGUCGCUCUCCUCGGAGUCAGUGUCUUGCAAACCCAGCACCUCCUUCAUCUCGCUAUCCAGUCCCAGCUCUUCCUCUUUCUCCAGCUUCCAUACCCGCUUUUGUAC